UGCAUUUUGCUCAGCGCUUUAUCUGCCUGGCGAAGGUGUUGAGAGAACAGGCUGAGCAGCGGCUAUCGUUCCCCGGGACCGCGCUGACCUGAAUCGCGUCAGCGACGUCGACGUCCGCGUUCAGAGCGAAACGCAAGCCAGGAUGCGCAUCUACGCCAUCAUCGCCCUUGCGGGCGUGGUAACGGCCUACGUGCCCUCGCCCCCGCAACGCGAGACGAAGCGAAACGUCGUCGUCGCGGCCCAGUCCACGCUAGAGCGGCCGGUCCUCCAGGCCACCGUCGAGGACCAAACGGAAAGGAAUAACGUCCUCAACCUCCCCGAGAGCGAGAAAAUUACGUUAGAGACGCCGCUCGAGGCGGGGCGGCGAGGCCCUUCUGAGUUCGAGUUGAAUCUUGGUAGGGCCAUUGAUGCGCUGCGGAGCGACGUCCCCGCGUUCGCGGAUAGAGAGCUGUCCUGGGACAUCUACGCGGACAACGUGCAGCUCGCCGACCCCAGUGGCGUGCAGACGCGUGGUUUACAAAAUUACAAGCAGUUUUUUGGGGUCAUACGCAUGUUCCGAAGGGUCAUGAUCGAUAAGGUUGACAUCACGUUCAAGCUGCGCUACGACUGGUCCAAGAAGAUAAUAAAAGUGACGUGGUACUCGAAAUGGUACGCUCGUGGUUCAUCAAAAGCAGCUUAUGUCGACGCGACGUCGGCGUUCCAUCUUGACGAGCAAGGGAAGAUUUUCAAGCACGUCGUGGAUCGGGUCCAGGUCGGCGGGCGGCCGCUGAGCCCGCCCUACUCGGUGGGGUGGCUGGCGUUCCGGGAAUAUGUAUUGGCGGGCUUGGACGGCCCGCGGCCGGCCGCCGUUCCUUCCUUUGGCUUCGAGGCGUCCGACAUUGGUCAGGACGCGCUCGUGCUCAUGUCGGCGAUGUCGGCGUCGUCUGACGUCGCCCAGGACGCUCCUUUAGUGAUGUCGGCGUCCGACGGCGAGUCCGAGGCGCCUCCUCCUUCUAAAAAGAAGGCGCCGCGCAACAAGGAGAAAAAGCAGAAGCGGAAACUACUGCCGGGGCAAUGCGAAGGGAUGUGGGACUGCGAUUCGCCGAUGGAAUGUUGCGACUUCGUGAUGUUCAAGAUGUGCUGCCGCGGCGGCUUAGGAAUUCCGGCGUUCCUCGAGCCGGCGCCCGUCCUCGUGCCCAUCCCGGUGCCGGUAGAGCGUGGGCCGCCGGGGAUGCCUGGCGGUCGCGGCGGCGGCGUGCCUCCGUAUUGACCCCUUUCGUGUAAAACCAAUUGUUGUA